CACACACACACACACACACACGCACUUUCACUCUUCUUGUGAGAAAGUAAAGAAGGAGAGAGAAAGGGGAGAGAGAGAGUGUUUCCAGGUCUCUCUCUUCUACUCUUUCCACUUUGGGUACUCGUACCCAAUCUGACUCAAUGGGGUUUUAGCACCGAGGGGUUAAACGUCACAAUUAUAUUUAUUAACCCCAAACCCCGUUCUGUGUUUAGGUUUUUUUUAAUGCAUUAACUUAAACAUUGGUUUCUCAUCAAGGAAAGUCUCCUGGAGAAAGGUGAAGACGUCUCCAGAGGCGUGCCUUUUUGUCUGCUGCCUCUCGGAAGGUUCAGUCGGGCUCCGCUCCACGGCUGGCUUUCUGUGACAGGAUAACAUCCACCUCAUCCUGCGUUUACAGCUCAGUCAAACCUCCGCAACGCUAUGGAUAUUCGAGACUGUCCCUUCCGGAAGAAGCGGAGACCGUGGCGCAUCGGCUUCCCAUCCUUCGCCUUGCUGACUGUGGCGCUCACCCUGUGCCAGACCACCGUGGCUCGGGCAGAUCCAGUGGACGUGUUGCGUGCUCUGCAGGUUCCCUCUCUCCCUGAGGGUGUGAAGAAAGUCCCAGGCUUCUGCACAUCCCGUCGCUCCAGCAGCCCUGAUCAUGCUUACCGUAUCUCCAAGAAGGCCCAGAUCUCAGCCCCCACUAAGCAGCUCUUCUCAGGUCGUUUCCCGGAGAACUUCUCCAUCAUGACUCUGAUCAAGCCCCAGGCUGGUCUGCAGGCUUUCCUCCUCUCCAUCUACAGUGAGCAGGGCAUCCAGCAGUUGGGCAUUGAACUGGGACGCUCACCUGUUUUCCUGUAUGAGGACCAGCAUGGCAAACCAGCUCCUGAGGAUUACCCCCUCUUCAGAGGCAUCAACCUGGCUGAUGGCAAGUGGCAUCGGAUCGCGUUCUCUGUUUCAGAGAAAAAUGUGACGCUGCUGCUGGACUGUAAGAAGAAGAUGACCCGUCCUCUGGCCCGAGGCAAUAAUGCUGAGGUUGACACCAAUGGCAUCACCGUGUUUGGAGCUCGUCUGCUUGAUGAGGAAGUUUUCCAGGGAGACAUCCAGCAGCUGUUAAUUGCCUCCAACCCUCAGGCAGCAUAUGACUUUUGUGAACAUUACAGCCCUGACUGUGACUCCCCUCUGCCCCAAACCCAAGCUCAGGACCCCAACACAUACAAGAAAGCACUCGAUGGAAAAGCAGCUCCAUCUAAACCCCAUCUUGUAAACGUUAAACCCACUCCACCUAAGUCAGCCAAGACUGGACCAUACAAAGUGGUUGUCAAGCCACCUAUGCCCACCAAAGCUUCUAAAUCUCCUACAACUAAAUCACCUAAAGCAAAACCUACUGCAGCAGAGGUCCUCUUGUCUAAGAUCAAGCCAACUACAGCAAGUAAAUCUAAACCCACAUCUGCUCCUGCUAAGAAUGGAAAUGGCAAAUCAACUGCUCAGAAGAAACCAAAUACUGGCACUAAAGCCAAUGGUAAAGGUAAUGGAAAGACAUCUGCAGAAAAAUCUAAUGGUAACAAUAAAGCUCAAACCCACACUAAUGGAAAUGGCAAAGGGACCGGAAAGGCCUCCGUUGUGUCUAAGGUGAAUGGAAAUGGCAAUGGCAAAGCUACAACAGAGAAGAAAGCUGUUGGAAAUGGCAAAGCUACUGCUGAAGUUAAAGUUAAUGGCAAUGCUGGGAAUAAAGUCAAUGAUGCAGCUAAAGCAAACGGCAAAACCAAAGAGUCUAGUAAAGAGGCUACAAAAAUUAAAACCACUAACAAACCAAAGACUGUGGCCAGUGUAGCUACUUUAACCUCCAAGCCAAAAACUACUAAAGCACCCAAACCCACAAAACCAGCUCCAACAAAAAUGGCAAAACCUGCUGCCACCAAGGGUUCAGUAGGAAAGAGUAAAGAUGUGGUCAACAAGGUUCCUUUGGUCAAACCGACUAUCGGCAAACCUCAGAGGGUUUCCAAUCCAACAAAAACGACUUCUCCAUCUCCAGCCACCCGACCCACUUUGUCUAAACCUACAAAAUCCAGGACGAUAGACAACGAUGUGAAAUCCCAACACAGGCCUUUCCCACCAUUUGACAAGGCUGCGCUGAGUGGAUCUGCAGUUAAGAAAGUUACCACCGGUUUUCAACAGGAUGUAGACACUGAAUAUUCUGAGGCUGGCCACACCCCUACAGACACCGAUUAUUACUAUGAGGAGAUGGUUCCACAGCCAGACGGUGAGGUGAUUGGAGAAGAAGAGAUACCUGUUCAGCCCCAGGAAGGAGAGGAGUUAGAGGCCACAAAGACAGGCGGUGUGGGAGAAGAAGAAGUCUUCACUGAGGAGUAUGUGACUGGAGAUGUGGGCAUGAAGGAAUAUGAUUAUUCCUACAAAGACUACAGUGACCCAGUACCAGAGACCGGAGAGGCUGAUGGCUACGCUGGGCCCGCCUUGUCCGCUGUGACCCAUGAGGGAGGCGCCGGCGUCAGCGGCCAGAAAGGAGAAAAGGGAGAACCAGCUGUUCUGGAGCCUGGAAUGCUGAUUGAAGGUCCUCCAGGGCCUGAAGGACCUGCUGGGCUUCCAGGACCUUCUGGUCCUUCUGGACCUCCUGGCUCAGUGGGUGACCCUGGUGAGAGGGGUCCUACUGGUAGGGCGGGACUGCCUGGGGCCGAUGGAGUUCCUGGACCUCCUGGAACCUCAGUCAUGCUGCCUUUCCGCUUUGGACAGAGUGGAGGCGAUAAAGGUCCGGUUGUUUCUGCACAGGAAGCCCAGGCAGCAGCCAUCUUGUCUCAGGCCAGGAUGGCUCUGAAGGGACCGCCUGGACCGAUGGGAUUCACUGGACGCCCAGGACCCCUGGGAAAUCCAGGAAGUCCAGGUUUGAAAGGAGAGAGUGGAGAUCCUGGUUCUCAGGGCCCCAGGGGUCCCCAGGGUUUGCUGGGCCCUCCAGGAAAAUCUGGAAGAAGAGGUCGUGCUGGUGCUGAUGGUGCCAGGGGAAUGCCAGGAGAGACUGGAUCCAAGGGUGAUCGUGGUUUUGAUGGCCUUCCUGGUUUGCCUGGUGAUAAAGGGCACAGAGGUGACCCAGGUCCAAUGGGACUGCAAGGAUCUACUGGAGAGGAUGGAGAGAGGGGAGACGAUGGAGACGUUGGACCUAGGGGUCUCCCAGGUGAACCCGGACCCCGUGGUUUGCUUGGCCCUAAAGGUCCUCCAGGAAUCUCUGGACCUCCUGGUGUAAGAGGAAAUGAUGGACCCCAUGGUCCCAAAGGAAACUUGGGUCCCCAAGGUGAGCCAGGACCUCCUGGUCAGCAGGGAACUCCAGGAACUCAGGGAAUGCCAGGACCUCAGGGGGCGAUCGGACCACCAGGAGAGAAAGGUCCCACUGGAAAACCAGGUUUGCCAGGAAUGCCAGGAGCUGAUGGCCCUCCUGGUCACCCAGGAAAGGAGGGGCCUUCUGGCACUAAAGGAAAUCAGGGUCCCAACGGUCCUCAGGGAGCUAUUGGUUAUCCUGGACCUCGUGGCAUUAAGGGAGCUCAAGGAAUCCGAGGUCUAAAGGGUCACAAAGGGGAGAAGGGUGAAGAUGGAUUCCCAGGAAUUAAGGGAGAUUUUGGUGUCAAGGGAGAGAGGGGUGAGAUUGGAGUACCUGGACCUAGAGGAGAGGACGGUCCUGAGGGGCCGAAGGGUCGAGUUGGACCCCCUGGUGAGCUUGGAACAAUUGGCCUUGCUGGGGAGAAGGGUAAACUUGGUGUACCUGGACUUCCUGGAUAUCCUGGAAGACAAGGAAUCAAGGGAUCUCUUGGAUUCCCUGGAUUCCCAGGAUCUAAUGGAGAGAAGGGAACAAGGGGAGUUACUGGAAAACUAGGACCAAGAGGACAAAGAGGACCAACGGGCCCAAGAGGCCAGAGAGGGCCGAGAGGAUCAACUGGGAAACCAGGAGCAAAGGGAACAUCUGGAAGCGACGGCCCUCCUGGUCCUCCUGGAGAGAGGGGUUUGCCUGGACCUCAGGGAGCCAACGGCUUCCCGGGGCCCAAAGGACCUCCUGGACCACCAGGAAAGGAUGGACUGCCUGGACAUCCUGGACAGAGAGGAGAAGUUGGUUUCCAAGGUAAAAUGGGCCCCCCAGGGCCACCUGGAGUUGUUGGACCUCAGGGUCCGUCAGGAGAAACUGGCCCCAUGGGUGAGCGGGGCCAUCCUGGCCCCCCUGGUCCACCUGGAGAGCAGGGACUUCCUGGUCAGUCAGGAAAGGAGGGCACUAAGGGUGACCCCGGGCCUCCAGGAGGUCCUGGAAAAGACGGGCCCCCGGGUCUGAGAGGUUUCCCCGGAGAGAGAGGACUUCCUGGAACCCCUGGUGGUGGAGGACUGAAAGGAGGAGAAGGACCUGCUGGACCUCCUGGACCUGCUGGUUCUCCUGGUGAGAGGGGCCCAGCUGGAACUGCCGGACCUGUGGGGCCUCCGGGCCGACCCGGUCCUCAGGGGCCUCCUGGACCAGCUGGAGAGAAAGGAGUCCCAGGAGAAAAAGGACCUAUUGGUCCAGCGGGUCGAGACGGAGUUCAAGGACCGGUCGGUCUGCCAGGUCCUGCUGGAUCACCUGGAGUACCUGGAGAGGAUGGUGAUAAGGGUGAGGUUGGAGAACAUGGUCAGAAAGGCGCCAAGGGAGGAAAAGGAGAACAUGGUCCUCCUGGUCCACCGGGCUCAAUGGGUCCAGUCGGUCAGCCUGGUCCUGCUGGUGCAGAUGGGGAACUGGGACCCAGGGGCCAGCAGGGGCCGUUUGGCUCUAAAGGUGAUGAUGGGACUCGAGGAUUCCCAGGGGCUCCGGGACCCAUCGGACUGCAGGGUCUUCCUGGACCACCUGGUGAGAAGGGAGAAACAGGCGAUGUUGGACCUAUGGGGCCACCAGGACCUCCUGGACCUCGCGGCCCUGCUGGUCCCAACGGAGCCGACGGUCCUCAAGGUCCUCCUGGUGGUUUGGGCAAUCCUGGACCUCUUGGAGAGAAGGGAGAACCUGGUGAAGCUGGACCACCUGGUGUUGGAGGAGAGCCUGGAAAGAAGGGGCCUCGUGGAGAGCGUGGAGAGAAGGGAGAGGCUGGACAACCUGGAACUGCUGGACCUGCAGGAGGAAGAGGACGACCCGGAGACGACGGACCCAAAGGAAACCCAGGUCCUGUUGGUUUCCCUGGCGACCCCGGCCCCUCUGGUGAGGUCGGACCCAGAGGUCAAGAUGGGGCCAAAGGUGAGAGAGGAGAGGACGGUGAACAGGGAGAGUCGGGCUCCCCGGGACCUCCUGGAGAGAAUGGACCUCCUGGUCCGCCAGGGAAGAGGGGUCCUGCUGGAACAAGAGGAGCAGAAGGACGACAAGGAGAGAAAGGAACCAAAGGAGACUCCGGCGCCGUUGGACCUCCUGGAAAAACUGGACCUGUUGGUCCUCAGGGUCAACCAGGAAAACCAGGAACAGAAGGUCUGAGAGGUCUGCCAGGAUCAGUGGGAGAGCAAGGAGCUCCAGGAGCCGCCGGACAGAAAGGACCGCCUGGACCGAUGGGACCUCCGGGUCUGCCUGGGCUGCGUGGAGAACCCGGAGCGAAGGGAGAGAAGGGCCACCAGGGUCUCAUUGGUCUGAUUGGACCUCCAGGCGAGCAGGGAGAGAAGGGAGACCGAGGUCUGACUGGGCCGCAGGGAUCCACUGGACCCAAAGGAGAGCCGGGUAUGGCUGGAGGCUCCGGACCUCUCGGCCCAGCAGGUCCUCCUGGUCUUCCUGGACCCCAAGGUGUCAAAGGAGCAAAGGGUGCAACAGGAGGAUCUGGUCCAAAAGGAGAGAAGGGCGUACAGGGACCUCCUGGACUUCCGGGUCCACCAGGCGACGUCAUUCAGCCGAUGCCCAUCCAGAGGAGUCCCAAGUCCAAACGCUCCAUUGACGCCAGUCAGCUGCUGCCGGAGUUUGACCCGGACCUGCCGGCAUCGGACACGGCCGGCGCAGAGUUCCUGACGGGCAGCGAGGGCAUGGAGGAGAUCCUCGGCUCUCUGAAUUCACUGCGGCAGGAGAUCGAGACGAUGCGCUUCCCUCUGGGCACGCAGGACAGCCCUGCCCGAACCUGCCAGGACCUUCACCUCAGCCAGCCAGAACUCAAGGAUGGAGAAUACUGGAUUGAUCCCAACCAGGGCUGCUCCAGAGAUUCCUUCAAGAUCUUCUGUAAUUUCACCAGUGGAGAAACGUGUCUGCACCCCAGAAAAGGCAUCAACACGGUAAAGAUGAACACCUGGACCGGAGAGACUCCAGGUUCUUGGUACAGUCAGUUUGCCUCUGGCAGUAAGUUCUCCUACGUGGACUCCAACGACGCGCCCGUAGCUGUGGUCCAACUGGGCUUCUUGCGUCUCCUGAGCGUCCAGGCCCGUCAGAACCUAACAUACCACUGCCACCGCUCAGUGGCCUGGGCCGACCGAAGUGCCAAGAACAACCACAAGAGGGCGCUGCACUUCAGAGGCGCCAACGACGAGGAGCUGAGCCACGAGACCAACCCUUACAUCAAAGCGUUGAUCGACGGCUGUUCUUAUCGUAAAGGCUUUGACAGGACAGUCCUGGAGAUCAACACGCCGCAGCUGGAGCAUCUCCCUCUGCUGGACAUCAAGGUGACAGACUUUGGGGAGAGCAACCAGCAGUUUGGCUUUGAACUGGGACCUGUCUGUUUCCAGGGCUGAACACACAAACACACACCACGCAGAACACACACCAACACUCCCACACACACACUCGCACGCCAACAUGCACACGUGAUCAACAUACAUGCCCGGUAAUUUGUAAAUUAACUUGUAAAUGACAUUAAAUACAUAAAACCCACACAGAAACACACACUCACUCUCACUUAUGCGCCUCGGGAAACAUUUCCCCAGCGGCUAACGGACUUAAAAACACAAGAGAAGUGAAAUAAAACUUGUGAAGAGGAGAACGACGACUGGGAGCGUGACGGCAUAGAAGGAGGAGAAAACCAGGAGAGAACAUUCCUUGGAAUAAAACGUUAUUUUUACGAGCAACAGGAAGGGUUCCGGCCUGAGAUGGAAGAUGGAGCCGGCGGCACGAAGCCUGCAGCUCCCUGGUCUCCAGUCCCACCUCACUCCUCCCCCACCCCACUUCCUCCUUCCUCCACCCAGAUCUCCUGCUCUACCUCCCCCACCUCUUUCUGAAAAGAGAGUCACAUGCAAACUUCAUCUCCAGGUUUAUCGUGCAAAGCAACAUGAUUAGCAAUCACUUUAAAAAAAGAAAGAGUAGCACCUGUCUUCCUAUAAAAUAUUUUAUUUACUUUGGUUUGCAGCUUUACUGUUAUACAACAACUUGAAUAAAAGUUAUUGACAUUUUUGAAGUGCCGUGUUUUACCUCAUGAAUAAAAUCUGAAUUCAGGCUGAAACAGUGGAAACAAAACUCAGAUUUGAACCAGAAACAAACAUUGUUGCACAUCUAAACUUUGGGUUAUUUCUGGGUGUUAACUCGUUUUGUUUCUUCGUGUUAAUCAUGUUGCUUGCAUGUAACCUCGUCCUGCUUCACAUCAGGAGGAACCAAAGAGUUGAUGUCACCAGAUAAAAACAGGGGCCUCACCACAUGAUCUCUGCAGGGUCUUACUUAUCUGAUUCUUCAUCAUCUUCAUCCUGAGCUUCUAUAAAGUGAACUUUCUGCUCUGUAAAACAUCAUCGACACCCUGAGGUUUUACCUUUUGUUGUCCAACAUGAUUCCCUGCUCAAAUGAUUAUUAAAAUCUGUCUUAAGGUGCUUUUAAACUCAGCAUUUUUGUUCGUUGGACAAACUGCUGCUGACAUGAAAGAAGAGCUGAUGCCUCCAUCAGUGAAGUCAAAGCCAUUUUUAUAAGCUGUGCUGAAUAUUUCUGGUGCCUUUGUAAAGAAAACAAUCCAAAAUGGCCUCAACAUACAUGUGUAGUGACUGUCUGUAUGUAAACGUUCCCUUUUCAUUUGUAGGAAAGAUUUACUGAAUUAAACUGUGUGGCAAGGUGCUAAUUAUACAAAACUCCAUUUUUUAGUCUCUUUUCUAUUUCACAAAGCGUUUUAGGAGGGAAAUGUGCAUUACAGUACAUUUGUACAGAAAUAGCAAUAUUUUAUUGUAUUUAUUUAAAGCAGGGUGCUUUGAGAAUAAAAUAAGAACUAUUAUUUCAGACAGAUGUGUGUUUCAGUUGUAUUUAUUUUAAAGCGGCUCAACUGAAGCGAUUGAUUUGCAUGUUAUAAACUCAGUCAGCCGGAGCUGCGAUGCUUCUGUCCAAACCCUGAACAAACAUCUGUUGUACAACCAAAGAAUCUGUGGCCACGACUUAAUAUCCUUUUUAUAAUGUUUUUAUCAGCUGUACUGUGCCUUUAAAUGUUGCUUCCACUAUAUUGAUUAAAUGGUGACUCUCCAGUUCUGUCACAUUCCUGUUUCCUUGCUAGCAAUAAAGUUUACAGAGUUCA